AUGCCACCCUCCCUAAAGACCAAUCGUGGCUACCUUACUGCAGCCAUCGACUGGUUCGUUGGAUGGAAACAGGGACUCCCGCGCGAAUCGUGCAGCUGGUGUGUCGAGCCCGUCCGUAUCCCGAUGCGCGACGGCAUCGAACUCAGUGGCGACCUUUAUGAGCCGGUCGGACUGCCAAAGGGAACGUCGCCAUCUGGACUCCUUUUUUUAUUCACACCAUAUGGCCGCGGGAUCCUUACCUCAUUGUCCUCGGGGCAUGCAUUUGCCGCUCGAGGUUACCAUGUCCUCAUUGUUAGUAUGCGCGGCACAUUUGGUUCUGGCGGCAUCUGCAUUCCAGGCGAAGAUGAGGCAAGCGAUGCUGCGGAUGUCGUUACUUGGAUGAGGCUGCAGUCGUGGUAUCCUGGUCGCUUUGGAACUAUAGGAGCCUCUUUCUGUGGCUGGGCGCAGUGGUCACUGUUGCGUGACCCUCCAAAAGACUGUGUGGCUUCAGCAAUCUCAGUAGGGCCUCAUGAUUUCUGGGAUUGGCACUGGGGAUCUGGUGCCUUUCGACUUGAACGUGUAACAUGGUCAAAUCUACUGACUCACCAAGAAGAUGCUGCACUUAUUCCUGCUUUGAUGCGUCUGUCUUCAAUCAAACAGUCCGCCGAUGCCGCUCUCGAAUCCCUCCCUGUGAGAGACGGUAUGGCGACUCUCCUUGGACAAGGAGAGUCAUCGGCCAUGGAUGCUGCUAUGAGGCUGUCUCCAGAUGACGCUUACUGGCUGAACAAAAGGCAACAUGAGGCUUUUGAACGCGUCCGCGUCGACAUGCCUAUCCUUCUCACCAGCGGAUGGUUUGAUACUUUUGCUCAGCAGACUUUGAAGCAGUAUCAACGGUUACAACAGCGUGGCUGUCAGGUUGAGCUCAUCAUCGGACCUUGGGAUCAUGGAGAGGCUGGACAGGUAAAGGUUGGUGGAGACGUCUUUCGUUUCAUUGAGAGAACCGUCGGAGGCAAGCAGCCGGAGUCUGACGCUCCGAAACUUCCACGAGCCCGUGUCUUCAUUUCUGGAUCCGACGAGUGGAAAACGAUGGUAGUCUGGCCACAGAAAUCUUCACCACUUGUCAUGUAUCUGGAUGACGACAAGGGCAUAUCGGAUCAACCACCGCCAGAGACGGCUAGUUCUACGUCUUUCACCUUUGAUCCAGCAAAUCCGACUCCAGCUCAAGGCGGACCAUUACUGUUCCCUAUCUCAGGUCGCAUUGAUGAUAGUGGUUACGCCACCCGCACUGACGUAUUGACAUUUACCAGUCGCCCAAUUGAGGAUGAUGACGGUUUAUUGGUGAUGGGCGUACCGUCAGUUCAUCUCAUGCAUUCCUCUGAUACUGGGCAUGCAGAUCUCUGGAUCCGGCUGAGCGAGGUCGACCUGAACGGCGCGUCACACAAUAUCACAGAAGAAUACUGCGCGAUUGAUCCCGAGAGGAACUCUGCAAGCCCAGUGACAGUUGAAUUACGUGAUUGUGCACAUCGGUUCCUCAAAGGAACCAGGAUUCGACUCACCAUUGCCGGUGGCUCAUGGCCGAUCUAUGCGAGGAAUCUGGGUACUGGAGAGAACAGGAUGACGAGUGUGGAUAUGCGUCCAACAAAACACACAAUACAACAUGCCGCAGGACAAUCGCGGCUGAUUUUGCCCAUUCCACUACAAGUGUAG